AGUCAGUUGGUGUGUCCUGUCAAAUGGCAUUGAAAAAUCGGUGCCUGGUGUCACAGCAGAUGAACUGCGGCCACUUUUGUCCUGAAGUUAUUUAGCAAGAAGACCGUGUACAUAAAGCUGGGUAAGUGGCCAGGCACACAUCAUUUUCUUAGGUACAUACAAUAAAUCAGCAGUUGUUAAAAAAUAAACUUAUUUUUAAAGCCUAAAAAUCCUUCCUGGGGGUCAUUCUGUUAUGAGAAGUGCCAUUGCUUUUGCAUGCAGUGCUGAACUUUUUCCCUUUAGGAAACAAAUAAUCCAGCCCAGGUCCCUGCCAGCAGCAAAAUAGCUCAGCACCUGUUUAGUUUCUGUCAAUAACACAUAAUACAAUACUUUUGAGUAUUUAUCUUCUAAAAUAUCAACAACUUCAACCUUCGUACAAAUUUGCAAAUGUCCCUGACACCUACCAACUGCACGCAGUCAGGAAAUCUCAUCACAUGUAGUGUCACUUUGUAAAUCAUUGACCACCCGUCCCUUGUAUCUCGUGGGCAUCGCACCCAUCCGAAUAUAUCCCUGCCACUUACACAAUUCCCUUGUUUAACUCAGUCAAUAGCUGUAGUUUGACUUUCCUGCCACCUUACCUUACCUUUCGUGCUCCAGUUUCUGCAAAUAAAGUUUCAGAGCACGAGGGGCUGGAUGGGGAAGCCGUUUGAAAGGAACAUCCAUUGUCCCGUUGUUUUCACUCCGUGCUGAGCCAAUAUGUCAAAGCAGGUUUCUGUUAUGAAAGUGUAUGAAAAUAGCAGAAUAAUCCUCUUUUAUCUAAAUCCCAGGCUUUGUCUAAACAACAAAAUGACAAGAUUUCUGGACACAACAGUUUGGCAGUAAGUGGAGGUUCAAGUGAGAUGUUCCAAAUUGCCUGCAGUGCUGGGGGUCCUCCUUGCCUGCAGGUUCCCCCCGAGCCUGACGAAGCCGAGAGCUGCAGUUUUCCAGGCAAGACCCUGUCAUCGCCAACAGCACGGAGGCAGGCUGAGUGUUACAACACCUGCUCCCGAGUCCUGCUCUGGUGGCCCUUUUGUUCAUCUCACAGUAAGAGCCAGAGUAUCUUCCACAUCUCCUCCCUCUCCUUCAAGGCCACCGAGUCAUUGCAAGCACACACAAGGCACGGUAGGUCCCGCAGGUCUUCAAAAAGCAAUGGUCUGCAGAGAGCUUGACCCAGGACGUUGGAGAUCUGCAGGAAAGCUCACAUCUGGCUGCUACAGCUGCUGUCCAGCUCCAUCCCGCCCCGCGCCUGUGGUCCUCAUGUCCUGGUCUCAGAGCUGUUCCCUGGACAAAAGUCCUUCCUCCCAAAGCUGAGUCCAACGUGCAAUAUGAUUAAAGCCUCUACCACCUCUUAUUUUCUAUUAUUUUUCCACCAGACCAAAUGUACCUUAUUCACCCUUCACUGACCUUCCAGGCCCACAUCUCUUGUUUGCAUCUCUCGCCGUUUGCCUGGACCUGGCACCAGUGACUCAGCAGAGCAAUGUUUGGCCUCCAGCUAUCUUGCCCAUGGCAAAAACAACAAUAAAGCCAUCCAAACCCAAAAGCAUGCCUUCAGAUAGUCCCUUUCCCUGGUGUAUCUCCAAAAACCAUUACAGAAGCAGAUUUUGUUUGUAGUCACAGGCAAGCAUGACUUUCCUGAAGAAUUUGGACUCUGCCUUUGUAAAAAUUGCUGCAGUGUGUAAGUCAAGAGGUGAACAGACCAUGCUUCAUAGCUGGCCAGGCUCCAGGACAAUAACCUCAUCGAUGCACGACCAGCAACCAAAUAAAAGGUGUGGGUGUGUAGAAGUGAAAGCGAGUCCCCAGUAACUUGUAUGAUGAAAUGUUGACCCAAGGGUGGCUGCUCUCAAACGAACACCCAAGUAACAGAUCAGAUAUACAGAGUUCAGAAAAAGGCCGGGGUGACUCCGAGGAAGUGCAGGCACCCUGAGCACCUUCAAAUUCAUGGUCAGCCCACAGGGAUUUUGGUUUCACCUUCAAAACAUCAGUAAUUUUGGGGGGGAAUGCUUGCUAAUAUUGUGCUUUCUGUAACAAAGGCUGAUGAAUUACUUUAGCUACCCUCUCAGCUAAACACAUGGAGGCUUUUGCUCAUAUUCUCUGUGAAAUUUGAAGAGAUUUGAGUGAGCUGAAGUAAAAAAAAAUGUGAACACAAUUAGCUACUGAAUUCAUAUUGCAAAACAGAUGAAAAGCCUUCCUGCACUGUACACAGAAAGUGAAAGACUCAUAAGCUGUUGAACGAGGUCAGGGGAAGGGCCUGGGACAGGCCAUGCUCAGGAAGUGACAUUUUUGUACAUUUUUGCAGUUUCUGGGUAAGGGAACGAGUUGAAUCCUGAAAGCAGGUUUUAAUACCUGAAAUGCUUUUAGCUUCUAGCAGAGCACACACGAGCCAGUGCCAAGUACUCUUUAAAAUCUCAACCUCGAUGUGUUGCAUCUGUUUACGUAGCUUGUUCCAAAGCUGCCAGCGAGCAGGAGAGCUGUGCUUCGAGCAGAGGUGGGACUGGGGGCUCCCCUUCCAGGUGCACCAAACAUGGGCUCCUCACACACAUUUUUCUGCACCACACGUUGGGAAAAGGGGUGCAGGGAUCCCAGGGGGAAUUGAGCCUUGGUUCCCACAUCCCUUGCUCAGCCCCUCAGCAUCACAGGGGUGGGAGCUGAGGUCCCUUUGUGCUAGACAGCAGCUGAAGGUGGGUUUCUGGAGCUCCAGAUGAGAUCCUGGGUGCCAGCUUCCCCCUGAAGCCUUAUUACAAGUCACUGUUCAGGUUUACUGUAACGAAUGCCUCUCUCCAGGCAAUAUUCACUGGCAAUCCUUCAGGCACCCACAGGACAAGCUGCUCUGACUGACAUAAAUCAAAUCAUAACAAAUCUACUAAACAGGGCUGGUUGAGUCGCAUUAUAUUGGAUAUUGGAAGGUCCCCAUUAAAUGAAAUGUAUCAAAAGCGCUGGUAAGUGUACAAACACUUGCAGAGAGCAAGAGCCCUUUGCUCAAAUCAUGCCGAAUGUAGUUUGUUUCUUUUUUGCUCCAAGAACACCCAUGAAGUCAGGAAGGGUCCUGGAAACCCAUGGACAGCAGGACCGGUAAGCCCAGCGAAGCAGCUACCUUUGCAUUUAAGCCUACAAACGCUGAUACAGCAGCAUGUCCAUUUCAGAGAUGACUUCCAAAUAAACAGAGGGCGGAAACGAGUUUUAAGCACCACUUUACUGCGUUUCAUUCGAUGUCAAAUUGGUUGUUUAGCUUUUGCCUGCAAGAGACUCCACCUCCUUUCAAAGUGCCCUUAAACCCCACAGCAAAUCCAUCCCAGAACAGCUCCUGCCUCGGUGCCACUGCAGAGGGGUCGGAUACCUGACGCCGUGGAAAACCACUGCGUCAAAAAGGGAUUUCCAUUGGAUCGAAGUUACUUAUGGCUUGAUACUUCUAUUAUAUUUUCUUGGCCCUAAAAAUAAGGUAAAGGAAGAGACUGCCUGUCACUGACCUGGAAAACACCCCCCUUUCUUUUUUUUUUUUUUUGGUCUUUUUAAAGGAAAAAGGACCUCAAGUGGGAAGAGUUAAUCUCUUGGGUUUGUUCUUCAGGCACAGGUUAAAUGCCAGGCAAGUUGGAGGCCCUUGCUAUCAAUCACUUCCUCCUGGAACUGCAUCGCCUCACUUGGAAAACAGGAGGAGAGGACAUGAGACAUCGCAUCCCGGUGCCUUUUUAACAGCACUUAAGUCAUACGCAUGGGGAUUCGUAACACCAGCACUUACCGCAGGAAAAUGAGCAGACACCAGCCAAUUUUAUCUUCUGCUUAGCCGAAGAAAAACCAUGAGCACAUUUCCCAUUUCAAACACGAGCAACAUUUUGCAGGCUGACUCCCUCGAGGACAGCGACAACCAGACGGCAGUAACCCAGUUUACCCAGCCGGGCUGGCAAAUCGCUCUGUGGGCUAUCACCUACUCCUUCAUCGUUAUCACCUCCAUCGUUGGCAACAUCACUGUCAUCUGGAUCAUCCUUGCGCACAGGAGGAUGAGGACUGCCACCAACUACUUUAUCGUUAAUUUGGCUCUUUCGGAUUUGCUGAUGUCCACUUUCAACACCAUCUUCAAUUUUAUUUACGCCAGUCACAACGUCUGGUAUUUUGGCAAGGAGUUCUGCAGGUUUCAGAACUGGUUCCCCAUCACCGCAAUGUUUGUGAGCAUUUACUCCAUGACAGCCGUGGCCGCCGAGAGGUAUGUGGCUAUAAUCCAUCCCUUCAAGCCCAGGCUUUCUGCUGGAAACACCAGAGUCAUCAUAGGAAUAAUUUGGCUGGUGGCAUUUGGGCUUGCCUUCCCACAGUGCUUCUAUGCUGAGAUCUUGACAGACAAUGGAACGACGAAGUGCAUCGUCGUCUGGCCAGAUGACGUCGGAUCGAAGCACCAGCUCACAUAUCACAUUGCAGUAAUCGUGUUGAUUUACUUACUGCCUUUAAUGGUGAUGUUUGUUGCAUAUAGCAUCAUAGGAAUUACUCUGUGGAGCAGCGCAGUUCCAGGCAACCACAUUAAUAGAGUCCGCUACGAACAUCAAGUCAAUGCCAAGAAAAAGUUUGUGAAGACCAUGGUGGUAGUUGUGAUCAUUUUUGCCGUCUGCUGGCUGCCCUAUCACAUAUACUUCAUCCUGGGGAGCUUCAAGGAAGACAUCUACCAGCAGAAGUACAUUCAGCAGGUGUACCUGGCGAUCUUUCUGCUUGCCAUGAGUUCAACGAUGUACAACCCCAUCAUAUACUGUUGUCUUAACCAGAGGUGAGUAGCGUGCACGCAGAAGAUCUGUCUGUAAAGGCAGAAACCUCUGGAGGUCAAAGCCACUGUGAUUUUCAGCUGUGCUCAACAGGCAGAGAAGUGAAUUUAUAUGCUACUAACAACAAAACCUUAAGAUUUUCUGCCUCCAAAUAAAAAGCAGACAGCAGGCAUAUGAUCAGCACGUGGCCACGAGCAAACGGCUGCACGAGCACAACCCUGCCAUGCCAAGAGAUGUCCCUCUUGCUCUGCACUGAGAACAGGCUGUUCUCCAGCAAACGGUGAAGCAAGCCCAGCCUCAGGCUCCCCAGUGCCAUUUCCUGCUUCAAUUUCAAUAGAAACCUUUUAUCUCCAUGCUCGUUCAGAGGUAGAAUUACACACUUGCUCGUUCUCUGUGCAGUUAAAGAGAUCUUGCCAUUUAAUUUCUUUUCUUAUGCUUACAGGUUUCGUUCAGGCUUCAAGCUAGCAUUCCGGUGGUGUCCGUGUAUAAAAGCAACUGAGAAAGACAAGCUUAAACUUACAUCCCCAUCUCUUUAUCAGUCGACCCGCAGGAAGUCAAGGAAAU